AAGAUCUUGUAUGCUGCUUUGCGCCUCUUCUCAUCAGAAGCUUGCCUCUGCUCCUCGUUCAAGACAUGGAUAUCAAAGACUCACCAACCAGCCUUCGCUCUGCUGCUUCCUCUCACUGCAGUCAGCCUGUCUUGCCCCUGGAGCACGGACCCACCUACUUGCCUUCCUCCUACAUGGAGAGCUGUCACGAGUACUCGGCUAUGACCUUCUAUAGCCCUGCUGUGAUGAAUUACAGCGUUCCCAGCAGCGCUGGGAAUUUGGACAGUGGGCCCAGGCGACAGAUGCCAAGUCCAAAUGUGCUGUGGCCAACUCCGAGCCACCUGGCUCCCUUAGCCAUCCGAUGUCCGUCGUCGCUUCUGUUUGCAGAGCCUCAGAAGGCCUCUUGGUGUGAAGCCCGGUCGUUGGAGCCCACCUUGCACAUGAGCAGAAAGACACUGAAAAGGAAGGUUUGUGGGAACAGUUGUAGCAGUCCUGUCACUACGAGUCCAAGUUCGAAGAAGGAUGCCCACUUCUGUGCCGUCUGCAGCGACUAUGCGUCAGGAUACCACUACGGAGUCUGGUCGUGUGAAGGAUGCAAGGCCUUUUUUAAAAGAAGCAUUCAAGGACACAGUGAGUACAUCUGUCCAGCUACAAAUCAGUGUACCAUAGACAAGAACCGACGCAAAAGCUGCCAGGCCUGCCGACUUCGGAAGUGCUAUGAAGUAGGAAUGGUGAAGUGUGGCUCCCGGAGAGAAAGGUGUGGGUACCACCUAGUGCGAAGACGGAGAAAUUCUGAUGAGCAGCUGCAUUGCCUGGGCAAAGCUGAGAGAAAUGGUGGCCACAUGAUGCGAGUGAAGGAGCUGCUGCUGAGCGCCCUGAGCCCGGAGCAGCUGGUCCUCAGCCUCCUCGAGGCAGAGCCACCGGAUGUGCUGGUGAGCCGGCCCAGCACACCUUUCACCGAGGCCUCCAUGAUGAUGUCCCUGACCAAGCUGGCUGACAAGGAGUUGGUGCACAUGAUUGGCUGGGCAAAGAAAAUUCCAGGCUUUGUGGAGCUCAGCCUGUUCGACCAAGUGCGGCUCUUGGAGAGCUGCUGGCUGGAGGUGUUAAUGGUGGGGCUGAUGUGGCGCUCAAUUGACCACCCAGGCAAGCUCAUCUUUGCUCCUGACCUCGUGCUGGACAGGGAUGAGGGGAAAUGUGUGGAAGGAAUUCUGGAAAUAUUUGACAUGCUCUUGGCGACAACAUCAAGGUUCCGCGAGUUAAAGCUCCAACACAAGGAAUAUCUGUGUGUGAAGGCCAUGGUCCUCCUCAAUUCCAGUAUGUGCUCUCUGGCUGCCGCCACGCAGGAGGCCGAGAGCAGCCGGAAGCUGACUCACCUACUGAAUGCUGUGACCGACGCGCUGGUCUGGGUGAUCGCCAAGAGCGGCAUCUCGACCCAGCAGCAGUCAGUCCGCCUGGCCAACCUCCUGAUGCUCCUCUCCCACGUCAGGCACGCCAGUAACAAGGGCAUGGAACACCUGCUCAGCAUGAAGUGCAAGAACGUGGUCCCGGUGUACGACCUGCUGUUGGAGAUGCUGAAUGCCCACACGCUCCGCGGGCACAAGUCUGUGGCCAUGGUACCCGAGGGCAGCCCAGUUGAGGACAGGAAGAAUUCCGAGGGCUCCCAGGGCCCGCAGGCUCAGUGAUGCCCAGCUGGAGGGUGAGAGGGCCCACAGAGGACACUGAAAGUGUGGACCCCAGCAGGUUGUGAGUUUGGGCUUCAUCCUUUCUGCUGUGUGGUCCCUCAUGUGGCUUUGCGUGGCCUUGUGUUGUCUUCCUCUUGCCCACUCCCUAGGAACCAGGGCAAGAAUGCUACAGCUGUUUUUUUUUUUUUUUUAAACCCAAGGGUUGCACCUAAAGGCAGUUUCCACCUUGCAUGGCCUCUUAGCAUCUUCACAUAGUCCCUUGCUUCUUUCCAGUCCUUUGGGAAGCAAAGGUUUUGGAGCAGAUGGGCCAUCUGACCUGAAAGGGACGCUUGGUGGAAAGGGCAGAGGAUGUGGUAUGCCGCCGAAUUGAGCCAGCCCUUAGUGUUUGUCCUGUGCUCUGCUUAGGAGUGGCUGCUUUUUCCUUAUCAACCAUUUGGUUGAA